GUGUGUGUGUGAGAGAGACGCGACCUUCACGGAUCUGCGCGUGUCUGGAGUGACAGAAGAGGGUUUCUUGACAACAUCAUGAGACUGUGAGCUCAGUGUGGAUCAGUUAUGGCAGAAACCGACAUCGACAAAUCUCACCUGCCCGGUGUUUAUGACGUGUGCCAAUGUUUCUCUGUGUUAGAGGACGGCGCUCUGGCUCACAGUCUUCAGGAGCAGGAAAUUGAGCAGUUUUACAGCACCAACAUCCAGAAGAACCAGGCGGUGCAGGAUGAUGUUCGUUUGGCCCGGAGGCUUCAGGAGGAAGAGGAAGAGCGAGUGGAUCUCAGCCGAAACCUGCAGCGGCUGGAGGAAGAGGACUGCAGAUAUGCACGGCUGAUUCAGGAACAGCUCCAGAGGUGUGCUGAGGAGGCCAGGAGACGAGAGGAAGAGGACGAGGAAAUCGCUAAACAGCUUCAGGAAGAAGAAGAAAUGGAGAUGAGACGGCAGAGGGCUGAUGCUGGUCACCAUGAAAAUGACUGUGUUUCUCCUCUAUGUGAAGGGUUGGGAAUCUGGGAGCAGGUGCUUCAGGACGCUGAGCUGGCCCGUAGACUUCAGGAGGAAGAGGAGAUGUUGCCUCGCAGAGAUCAGUUUCCUCGCAGCUCUGGAUCAGAGGUGGACUUCAUUGCGGCUCAAGUAGCCCAAGAUGAGGAGAUCGCACACUACAUGCAGCAGCGCCAUCAGAGAAGAGUCACCGACAGGCCACAAGACCUAGAGAUCCAGACCAGACCAGCUGAACCAACAGAUGAAGGAAACACCACAACCAGGAAGGCUCUUCAGAUGCUGCGAGAGAGGCUGAACUCAGACGGACUGCAUUCGCCAGUGGAAGAGGAAGACUACACCAUUGAAAACCAUCCAGCAAGCCCAUCAUGCACUGCACUCCGAAACCAACACAUACACAACAUUGCAGAGGAACUGGACCCAACGUUCAAGGCUAGGAAGCGUGAGAGCCAAAUUUCCACCAGCCCCCCGUCAGCAGGUUUGUGCUUGGCCACUCGUAACCCGCACAGUAUCUUUUAUGACUAUUUACCAGAACCCACCUUCAUACCACCAACUAAACGGCAGAGCGACAAAGCAGGACGUCACAAAGCCAAAGACAAGAAAGAGAACUGUAAACAACAGUGAACGUAUGUUUAACUCAGUGCUGUCUCUUAGUUUUCUUUUAAACUGAAUAAACAAGUAUUGUAUAAUCAAUUUUA